AUGAAGGCCUCCGCUCUUCUCUCUGGCCUCGGCGCCACCGCGGCUACCGCCAUCCUCGAGCCUGGCAUGCCUCGACACCUCUUGUCAAACCCCUCCUCCUCCUCGGUCGAUACCAGUCGCAUCCCGACCUCAUACGAGUCCGCCAUCAUGGGCCGUCGCAUCCUUGCAAUGACCAAACUGGCCGAGCUCUCGACCGUCUUCCCGGCCGGCGCGCACUCCGCCUCGGGCGGCGACCUCUCUGGCAUGCCCAUCGGCCUGAUGGACUACGUCGCCGACUGCGAAGAGGAGGGCAACCCGACGAUCCUGGCCAUUACCAUCGCCACGUCCUUCAAGAACGUCCGCGCUGGCUCCAACAUCUCCCUCUCUAUGCACUGGGUCCCGCCCUUCCCGCCCGCGAAGCGCAUCUCCCUCCUGUCCUCCCUCAAGAACAGAAUCUUCGGUAGCUCGGACGCAGGCGCGGUUGUUGCUCCUCCGGACACCGUCCCCUACUCCGCUGCCAACUUGCCGCGCUUCUCGCUGCUCGGCUACCUUGAGAAGAUUCCCGUCGACCCCGUCACCUCCCUCAAGCUCGCCCACUGCUUCGUUGACAAGCACCCGGACUCUAAGUACUGGCUCCCUGGCAGCCCUGUUCAUGAGUCUGAAUGGGUCCGCUUCGUCGUUACCUCCAUAUAUUGGGUCGGCGGCUUCGGUGACCGCGCCUACAUCGGCUGGAUCCCCGUCGAGGAGUGGCAGAAUGUCACUCGCGAGGAGUACGAGUCCAUUCAGCUUCCCGGCGAGAAGCGUGGCUGGAGGGAAUGGAGCGUCGACAGCUGGUUCGAUAAUGGUGAUCUCUGA